AUGGACCCAGGAGAAACUGUAUGGCACACCCAGAUGGCCCUGGAGGCAGAACUAGAGAAGGUUCCAGAGUUGCAGUGCUCCAUCUGCUUCACCACUUAUGACAAUGUCUUUAAAACGCCCAAGCAGCUGGACUGCACGCACACGUUUUGCCUGGAGUGUCUCUCACGCCUUAUGGCCAUCUCCAUGGACCCGCAGGAAGGUAAAAUUUCAUGCCCCUUCUGCCGCCACCUUACUCCCAUCCCUAAAAAUGGACCCCCGGCCCUGACCACCAGUCGUGAGGUUCUAUGCCAUCUGCCCAGACACCAGCAGCACGAAGAACCCGUCUGGCUCGAGGGCGAAAAGCUGUGCUACAAGCGCCUUAAAACUGGCAUGCCGGCCUUUUGCAUCUGCAUCGACAUCGGUGCCAGCGGACAUGGGGCGAGCCCUCCGGCUCAGACGGGGUCUAGAACAGGCCUCCUGGGACGACUGACUGACUGGAAGAAGCUGUUAUUGUUCGCCGUGCUUAUGGUGCUACUGGUGGUGAUCGUGUUAUGGCCGCUGCAGUGCAUUAUUACGACUGGGUCAAUGCGCUGUAUUCAUCGCGCCCCACCACCAAAUACCAGUACCACUGUUCCUAUCACGAUAAGUCGUCCAUGA